UUUAAGGCGUAACUCUAGGCGCGAACAAUAUUCAAUAAUUUAAUGGAGCGAAGGUUCAGCCUCGCCAAUCCUUCAGCGAUGAUACAGAAAGGCACGGAGCAGCACACCAUCGUGGUGACCUACGCUAUACUCAUCGUACUCUUGCUCAUCCUCUGGGUGCUCUACAACGGCAUGAUGGUCGCGCACUAACCAAGGAGUGAUGGGAGCUUCCUGAUGAGCGCUCAGUUGGGCUCUGACAGCAGCGAGCUCUGCCCCUAUACACACAUGAACAUGGCCUUCACAUAUACACCCUUUGAUCACUUGGUGUAGUUAAAAAGCUGCUUCUCAUUCUAAACUUGUUUUAUUAACAUUCUUCACCAUUCCAUGUAGUGUCUUUAAGUGUACACUGCUUUUCGUUACAACUUCAACAUAAGCGUCAAACAUCGGGGUCAAAUUCAAAUUUCAAUUGUUUUAUAAAUUGCCGCUGGUACUAAAUCCUCUUUCAUUGCAUUCUGGAUAUCGACGAGUGAAGGGAAGCUUAAAUUGGAACACAGAUAUAAUAGACGCCAACUAAACGAAGUCAUCUUCUUAUCCUCGUGCAUGCAAAUUUUGAUUCGCGCCUCACUUCUGGGUUAAUUAUUUUUUUAAACGCAAAAAAUACCUUACCCGUGAUUUUGCUGCCUGCGUGAAAAAAUAAGCACAAUAUGACCGACACAUCUAACGUCGCAACGCCGACGUCUUCAUCGUCAUCUCCGACUGCGUCAUCACCGUACAGCCCGAGCUCCUCGUCUGCACGUCAGACGCCACGACGUCGCGUGUGUCGCACGUGUGGACAAUUCCACGUCUCGAACGAGCCACAUCUCUACGACUACAUUGACGAGGUCGACGAGGACGUUUCCUGUCAUAUCUGCCUCCAGCCGCUGGUGACGCCCGUGGACACGCCAUGCGGCCACACCUUCUGCAAGCCUUGUCUGCUGACGUACCUACGGGUGCAGCCGCUCUGUCCUGUCGACCGCCGGCCCAUGUCGCACCAGCUCUGCACGCCAUCCUCUCUCGUCCUCAGGAAGUUACUAGAGAAACUGAUCGUACGAUGCCCAAACACCGGCUCCUGCGAAGUGACGUUGCAGCGUGGUGACCUGGAGGACCAUCUCAAGUACCGAUGCCCCGGAAACUGGGUAUGCUGUCCGCAUGCCGCCGCGGGCUGCGACGUACGAGGUCCACAGAAGAAGAUCGCUGCGCAUGCGCCCGUGUGUCACUUCAAAGACUGCGGACGGGAAAAAUCGUCAAUAGUGGAGGGCGAAGUUUCUCACAUUGAAAUUUCCCGCUCACAAAUCGCCUUGGGCAUCACAAUCGUCGGGGGAGCGGAUACGCCACUGCGGUGCGUGGUGGUGCAAGAAGUCUUCCCUGACGGGCUGAUCGCACAAGACGGUCGCCUGCAGUCAGGCGAUCAGAUCAUCGAAGUUGACGGCGUGGAUAUGACGUCAGCUACGCACGCGCUCGUCUGCCAGGAGCUCAAGAAGUUCACGCAGCCCACGCUCAGGCUCGGCGUAUACAGGGAGAGGAUACAGGCGUACCCUGCUGUUUCAUGCAAUGCAGCUGCUCCUCCUUCUACAGGCAUCACUACCAGCAACAACAGCUUAAAUUCCACCCCCGAGACGUGCCAAGUGGUGACGCUGUGGAGGGAGAGCGGCCGCCAGUUGGGCAUCAAGCUCGGUGGUCGACACAACCAGCCUGGAAUAUUCAUUCUUGAGAUAUUGUACGGUUCCGUCGCCGCUUUGGAUGGUCGCUUGAAACCUCAUGACCGAAUUCUAGCUAUCAACGGCCAUGAUGUCCGCUACGCCAGACUUGACGUUGCGUCCAGGCUUAUCCAGCGGAGUGGCACCACUUCGGUUUCCCUGGUUUUGAGCUGCAACUCUUCUGGCAGCAACUACGAUCAUCUGUUCCAGCAACCUUAUUCCUCGGUGGAUGUCUCCCAUUCCAGGACUAAGUCUGCUCCAGAGCCCAUGCACGAUCGACUUGACCGGUCGAACAAGGAUUUUAAUAGGAGCACUGACGACAUGAGUGAUUGUUUGAAUAGUUGCACUUUACCUGAGGAUGGUUCUCGCUCUUGUGAGAGUCUCAGCAACCAGCCUGACAACUUAACUUCAACCUCUAAUGGACCAGCAAUAGGCCAACUACGAUAUAAACAGGAUAACGGAUCUAUUGGAUCAAUCGGAGGAGUUGAAAGCCAAGCUUACCAAAGCCUCAAUUCUCUUGGUUCAAUUUCCUCCCCUCUGGGCAAGAGCAUCGGCAGCAUUUCUGGUAACAACACAACUGCUCCCAUCGACGCUCCGAGUCCUGACAAUCUUUCGGUACCGGCGCUUCCUCCAAGAUCUCGUCUGCCUCUUGGACGAACUCCUUCCAACGAUCCUCUGGUCACUGAUCCUACGCAGACGGAGGACUUGGUGGAGUCUCCACGGAGUCAACAGGAUGUCAUCGAUGGCCCAGUAGCAUCGAGACUCAAAGGACGAAGGUCCAAAGAUUCCAGUGACUUGACAGAUCUUGCGUGUGGGUUCAGGAGGUCGCUAAAGCUGGAUGGAGCGCAGCUACAGCAGAAAACCGUCACAAUUUCAAAAGCCAGUAACGAAAGUCUGGGAAUGCGGAUAGGAGGUGGGGUGGCCAGCAAUGAGGGCGACACGCCUAUCUACAUCGCAAAUAUCAACGCGCACGGACCCGUGGGCAAAACAAACAACGUCAAGAAAGGUGACGUGCUGCUCUCCGUGAACGGACAAUCGCUUCUCGGCCUGACGCACGGCCAGGCGGUGGCUCUGCUCAAAGCCACGGCGGAGCUGGCGGGUGUCACCUUAUCCCUGCUCGAUGGUCCCGAGACCUCAAACUCCUCAUCGGCGAAUUUCGUGCCGUCGUGGCUGUACUGGCAGAAGCUGCCUCGCCCCCUGCAGAUCUCGCGCAGUGUCGUCCUCCAAAGAUCGCCUGGAUCGUCACUGGGUUUCAGCAUCGUAGGAGGAUCUGAUCCAAACAGAGGAUCAGAACCGAUCCACGUGUUACUGGUGGUAGCAUCGUCGCCAGCGGCCGUGGACGGCAAGCUGCGCUGCGGUGACCGUAUUUUGGCCGUUGACAAUUACUCGCUGGAGAACGUCUCACACGCGACGGCCGUAGGGCUGCUGAAGCAGGCGGGACAGAGGGUGCACCUCGAGGUCGUUUCGUGGCUCGGCACUGAACUCUGAGAAAAAUUAUCACUUUUUAUCUGAAACUUUGGCGAGACACUUGACUGUCAAUAUAGCUGGUUUUCUGGUUACUAACAUAAUGCAGUUUUGGGGUACUUCAGCAUUUCUUUGAGAUGUGUCGUGGGCUAUGAUUAUUGACUAAAUUUUAUUCAAAUGCGUAUUUCUGAAGAAAUAGUGCAUACGUAUAUCACAAGUCGGUGCUUCUCUAUAGGUUUAGAAAUAAAGGGUUUUAUACAAUAUUUACUCUAUUUACUCACAGUUUUCGUCGGUUGGGUGAUCCGCAAAUGUUCCUCUGAUAGUUUCCUAGUCUAACUUCGUGUCCUAAUAAACUAGCUUUAUGAUAUGUGCUCCACUUGUACAUCACUUCACGCAUUUCUUAUUCAGCAAAGCAUUUCUACUGUCAUCUUCACUUCGUACAUCAAUCCCAAUGGGUUCUCUGCUGUCAUUGCUCAGCUGGCGCUAGAGUUAUUUCUGGGCCACAUGCAUUUGCUUUGAAUUAUUAUGUAAAUUCUAUUAUCGCUUGUGUCUGUGUUGUAUAGAUUUGCUUGUAGACAAAUAAUUUUCCGUAGGAGCGUCUUGAAUCCUUCACGAGCAAGUGGAUUGGUAAUCACGUGCAAAUUUUAAGAAGAAUUUACGUAAUGGAAGUGAAUAAUCAUGAUGUGUUGAUAAGGUAGGUUAUAAAAAUUUCGAUUUCGCUCAAAUUUCGGCCAUUGUAACCUUUCGUUAUCAUAUUGACUGUUUUGGGAAGCAAGAAAGUUCCGAUCUUUUUGCAAGCAAUAGUGGUUAAUAUGUUUGACGUUUUUAACGAUUGUUCAAUUAAGGAUUGGAAAGAUCGUUGUAAAACUGCGAGGUAGAUUGUUUUGUUUUGGCAAGCGUUAGUGUCAGGUAGUUAUGUUGAGUGUAGUUUUCGGGUACUGCUUACUAGUGACUUAAGUCGAAUCUCGGUGCAACGCUGCGAUUUUUUGGUGGCAUUUUUAUUUUAAAUGUAAAUAUAAUGAAUGUUACGUGUAGCUCUGAGGUCCGAAUUGUCGCUCAUCACCGAGCAUUAGUGCGUAUUCCAAAAAAGUUCAUUAGGCGAACAUUCUCUGUUAACUGAGAGUGACUGAGAUUGUUGACAUCUUAGAUUUAAACACUAAAAAUGAAUCGAAUGCUUGUAUGUUUUUAAUGGACAAUGGUUUUUUAAAUGAUUUUUAAUGGAGGAAAGAUGAAAAAUCAAAUUUCAUCACUUACCACGACAGAGUAAAAUUUUACUAUAAUUUUACUUACAUUAACCCAGGUUUAUUUCUCUACCGAUGGCAACCACGUGCAAUAAAUAAAUUCACCGUUUAAAUUCUGGCGAAUGAGAGAAUGUGGCGGCUACCGCCGCUUAGUAAGCGUGACACAGCUUUAGAUUACCUGAGCCUCUAUUUUGUUUAUGUUACAAAUAAACUAUACUUAAUGA